UAACAGGCGUUAGGACCCCGGGGAGAGGUUUCGUAAACCCACACAAGUAGCCAAUCGAAAUCGACACGCUCAGCGCCGUGCGUCCUACGUUGCAACGCGUACGUCACGUGGUCGACACUGCAGUUUCACACCAGCAACCCCUGCAGCAGGAUCCCAGCACGCCCAUGAAAACAUCUGAACUUCGAGACGGCUAACGUUAACGUGUGAAGAACAGGUAAAAGACCACAAUGGAGGCAGCUUAUUCCCCGCUGGACCCAGAUCUAAUGAGGGAGGUUCUUGAAUGCCCUAUAUGCCUCGAGACCUACAACCAGGAUCAGAUGAGACCCAAACUCCUGCAGUGCGGUCACACAGUGUGCCGGCAGUGUCUGGAGAAGUUGUUGGCUAGCACUAUAAAUGGUGUGCGCUGCCCCUUCUGCAGCAGGGUGUCCCGCAUGAGCAGUAUCUCCCAGCUGGCCGACAACCUCACUGUGCUCAAGAUACUGGAUUGCACCACGUCCUGCAGUGCCGCCGCCGCCGCCCUAAUGUGCAAGUCCUGCUGCAACCGCCUGCCGCGGCAGUACUGCCGCGACUGUGCCACGGUCCUGUGCGAGCUCUGCAAAGGGGAGGGCCACCUGCACCAGGGCCACACAGUCCAGCCCAUUCGGAAGGCUGCCGAACAGCGUCGCAAGGAACUGGGUGGCAGGCUGGCUUCUCUGCGCGACGUCAUGGGGGAAAUUCAGAAGAAGAAGACGGCUGUCGAAAACAUCUCCAAGACCUUGAGGAUCAAGUACCAGGCAGUGCAGCAGGACUACACGUCGGCCGAGCAUCGCCUGCAAGAGGAGCUCAGCAGGUCCCGGAGGACGUUCAAAACGUCCAUGGCCGAAGUGGAAAAGCUAAACGGGCAGGUCCUGGAAGAGCAGACGUAUCUCCUCAACAUCGCGGAGGUCAAGGUCGUGUCACGUUGCGACUAUCUGACAAUGCUGGUGAGGCAGAGCGACAUCGCGCUGCUCAAGGAUGACGACGACGAAGGCAGCGAUAUUGAAGAGCUGGAUUUGAGGGGUAGCUUGCCCGCAAUGUUUCAGCUACAGGAACCAGGGCUGCUCAGAACAGAGCACUUGAAACCAAUAGAAGUGGGCCAAGUGACCACGAAUACUUACACUGUCAAUACGGAGGAUGAGGAGACUGGGUUGGAGAUCGCGCUCGAGGGGGAUGUAGGGGGUUUAGCUGGGGCCAUGGGGGUUCACAGUGGUGGACGGGGGGCUCCAUUGGAUCUUUACCAAGACAUUAGCAUGGUUGCAGCGGGCGAGGAGGCGGCCUGUGGUUCACCGGGAAGCUUUAAGUCAAAGUCUUUGGAUGCAGGCGGGGGAUCGCCUGGGGGAGCCGGGGCGAGCGCCGGGCCUCCGGUCUGCCAGUUCGUGAAGAAGAUGGGCAGCAAGGGAACGCUCCCUGGCAUGUUCAAUCUACCGGUCGGCGUCUGUGUGACGCAACAAGGUGAGGUCCUGGUGGCUGACCGUGGCAACCACCGCAUCCAGAUCUUUAAUCGCAAAGGCUUCCAGCGCGAAAUCCGCCGCAAUGCGAGCAGCAUUGACAACUUUGUCCUGAGCUUCCUUGGCGCUGAUCUGCCUAACCUCAUCCCCUUAUCCAUCGCUGUCACUCCUCAAGGUCUGAUCGGGGUCACCGACAACUUUGAUAACUCUGUUAAAGUCUACACUAUGGACGGACAGUGUGUGGCUUGCCAUAAGAACCAGCUCAUUAAACCCUGGGGCAUCGCUGCCAUGCCAUCAGGUCAGUUUGUGGUGUCCGACGUGGAGGGCGGCAAGCUGUGGUGUCUGACGGUGGACCGCAAUGUGGGCGUGGUCAGCUACAACCGGCUGUGCUCCGCCGUGAGGCCAAAGUUUGUGACGUGCGAUGCGUCUGGAACAGUCUACUUCACCCAGGGCCUAGCCCUGAACUUUGAGAAACGCCACAACGAGCCCCACCUGGAAGGUGGCUUCUCCAUCGGCUCGGUCGAUAUAGACGGCAGGCUGGGCAAGCAGCUCAGCCAUUUCUUCUCGGAGAAGGAGGACUUCCGCUGUAUCACCGGCAUGUGUGUUGACCUCAAUGGGGAUUUGCUGGUAACGGACAGUGGCAGGAAAGAAAUCCUCCAGUUUCCCAAAGAGGGUGGGUUCAAAAUCCUCAUCCAGGAAGGACUGAUGUGCCCGGUAGGAGUGGCCACCACCCAGAAAGGACAGCUCCUAGUGCUGGAUUGUUGGGACCAUUGUGUCAAAGUCUACACAUACAUUCAUAGGAGGCAUUCCUCCACUUCCUAGAGAAACUAUCCAGUCUAUCUGCCCAGGCCGGUUUAGUUGGUGUGUGUCGGUUUGAAAGGGGAGAAUCACACUGUUGUGUCACUUUAGUUUGGGUGUAGUGCAAACGUCUUUCAUUGAGUUACGAAAUGAAUAUUCUAAGCCGUUUGGUUUACGUUAAAACCUACUGCACUGGGUUUUUAUUCAGAAGCUCAAAGUAAAAAUAUGCUCGUUAAGCUGCUUUCUACUUAAUUAUUUGAUUGGAUCAAAACAGUGAGACGAUUCCUUGCGAAAUAUUUUACAGAAAAAAAAAAUACUGGCACAAGUUGUCAAAUGACCAUAAAGACAAAGCAAGAGAAUGUCAAAUGUAGUGCAGGCAAAAAGUAAAGAUGAGUUUCCUUCCUCUGCUAUGUGGCUCUGCUAUUCACUGAUUUGGCUCUGCUUUGCAAAAAAAAAUGAGGAAGAGGAGCUGAGGAUUUUUACGUAAUUCAUACCUGCUAACUUUUUUCUUUUUUUUCAGCGAAAUUCGCCAUUUUUUUUCUUUUUUUUGAGUUUGCAGGUAUGGUAUUUACAUAUGAAACCAAGGCUUUUGGCCUGUGACGCACUUUAUUAUUGACACAGCACUGUUUCCCAGUGCUUUAAUUAAUAGCACAGACUAACGAUGUGGCUGAAUGCGCCUUUACAGUUUACCCGAGGGGAAAAGGAUAACCAGUUAUCAGCAUUCUAUGAAUUACAUUCAGGGAACAUUAAGUGUAGAAUAUUAAGUUCCCUCCAGGAUAAAGGGUUGAGCAAUAAAAUCACAACACGUUAGACCUUGGAGGCGAGCUGGGUGAUACACGGCGGAGGUGAAAAGUAAUUUUGUAGGGUGUUGUGGCUCAAAGCCUUUGGGAGAUGAUGGACUCAGAAUUGGAGUUUCUUUUUUUUUUUGUCUCAAUACUGCAUCUGCAAGGCAACAUUAUGUCAUCUAUUUGGCGCCUUUCUCCAGCGGUGCUCAUUCAGUCUCACUAUAACUCCUACUUGCCUUUGCUGGCCUUUCAUAUUUUAUUUUGAUAAUAAACAUUUAUGUUUUCUUUUUGGAAACAGCUGUGUCCAUAAUGAUGAGGGACACAAUGGUUGCGGAUUUCUUUUGUGACAUUAGAAGGUGCUCACAAUUUUAAAAUAGUAUUAAUAGUAAUACGUUAUUUUGAAUUACCUUCAGCUACACCAGACAAUCAUGUAUGAACUAAUACUGCCAGUAUAGCUAACACUAAAUAGUGCAAAAUAAAUUGAUUUAUAUCUGCAUGCAUUUGAUUCAUAAUUUAUUAUCAGAUUUUAUAUACACGUUCAUAUGAAAGUUGAUUCAACUGACUGGCUAAAAUAUCUAGAAGGACACCUUUCUAAUGCACUUUGUGGCCUAAAUAUUGGGACACCAGUUAAUCAUUUAAACUCACCCAUGUAAGGGACAUAUUCUAUGGCCAUAAAGUUGUGAAUAGUAAAUAGGCUUUCUGUUUCAGCCUCACAACGGUUUCACACAGCUGACCUUAGUUCUGCACCUGGAGUCCUAUUAAACAGCAACAUACAAAUAGACGUAUCUGAGAAUCAAACUGUAUUGUAAACAAUAUGUGUUUUAAAUAUUUCCACAAAUUGAAGUAUCAGGUGAAGUCCGUCAUUUCCUUGUGCAUUCUUUUCUUACAGGCUGCAUUUGUUUUAUUGUUAGCCAAUGUUAUGUAUCAAUGCUUAACUAAUAGCUUCAAGACUAGCUGCAUGUCAACCUGGCAAUAGAAUAUUUUUUCAGUGCUUCCACUUUAUUUACUGUCUCUACAAGUAGCUAUCACGAGAGGAUAUUCAACAUUAAACGGGCAGAAAUAACGCAAUGGAAUUAUAGAAGAAUCAAGUGUCCUUUUGUCUGUGGGAAGAACAUCAGUGUAUCACAUAAUCUCAAUAUGAUUUAUUCUAUGUCAAGGGAGAAGUUAUUUUAUUUCAUUGGUAACAUUGCUCUUCAAAGUGUGUUCAUUUCUAUCACUGGAUUGUAAUAGCGCAUUAUGUCCUUGAACCAAACUCCCAUGUGUUUAAGGUGUCAUGUCCUCUGGAGGCUUUGAAUUUUACAACGUGUUGAACACAGCACAGACAUUGCUGUGUAGUCAAAUACAUGUUUGUAUUGUUAACUCGAGUGCAAUAAACAUUUACAAAACCACCAAAAUAUAGCUAGAUAUUUUUUUCUCAAGAUUUAUUAUCAAGAGUUAUCUGUGUGACAGUAGUAAAAGAAAACAUUUUGUCACAUCUUGAUUCAUGCUGUAAACCUGGACACACUAUAUAAUUUAACAACAAUAAUAAUUUAACAACUAUGGAUUUUGAAAACCCACAGUCAUUUUUUAAAAGCAGAGCCUUUGGCUCAGUAAAAGUAUCGAAAAUAAAAGUAUUCACACCAGGGUUCUUAUUUGAACUGAUUCAUCUACAGUUGGGGAGUUUAAUCUAUUACAAUCAAUCAAAGUAAAAAACUGCUAAAUAUAUAUAUAGAACAUCUGUUUAGUCAAUAUAAACCCAGGUGUCAAUCUAAGCCGCUUUUGGAUCUGGAAUAAAUAGGAUUAAAAACAUUUGAAUUGAACAAUGCAGAAGGCCUUUUCCUUUUAAAAACUAGCGGAAAGCUCUCUUUGUAUUUGUCUUUGAUUGGUUGCUUUAAUAAGAAAACAAGUUUUCUUUUUUUUUUUCCUCUAAUAACCUCUCUAGAAUGAACCUUCGAUGG